CAAGUUUUGUAGAAAUGGACAGAAUUGAAGUCAUGAAACAAGGCAAUUAAGUCACCAAUCAAUUGAGAGACGAAUUGGUUCACCUAUUUUCUAUCACUGAUACUAAGGAUCCCUAUUUAUUAAGCAAAAGAGCUGAUACUAUAAAAUCUGAAAUUGAAUAAAGAUUUAGUAAAUGAUCAAUGUCAUUCCUAGAAUUUCGUUGGAGUAUAGUAUUAUAUUCCAAUGAUGCCAAAAUGGAGUUCUCGUUUGUCUACGGAGACGAAUUCACUCUAGAGUUGAGAUCUGAAUCCUAUGGCAUGUUAGCUUACAUCAUUCCAGACCAGCCUCAGACUCAAUAUGAACCAAGAAGAGACUUCGGAGUCACAAAGCCUCAAAAUUUGUACAAGGGCAACUACUAGGAGUAGAUUCCAUUAGAAAAGAAUAAUAUUGUUUAGAGGUAUUAAUUUAUAAAUGAGAGAAUCAAGUUCAAUAAUAUCCAAUCCUCCUAUGAGAUAUUAUCCUUCAUUUUACCCUUGA